AUGCCGAGAGCAUUCGCCCACCUUGCACGAACUAGCCAGUCGAUACAAAAGUCCCUCGUCCUGGACAAAGACAGUCUCUUGCUCCCAGGAUUUGGCUCUGGACUUUGCUCCUGGAAUACAUCACACCCGCCUCAAGACGCAAACCUCGAACCCGGCAUUGCCGAGGCAUCACCACCGAAUCCUCAUUCUACAGUCCACUGGCUCAGAUUACCACUGUUGAGUGUAGAACUAUCAGAGAACUCUGGGCAAAUCAGCCAUCGACGGACUGAAUUUGGGGAAGCCCUACAAGAUUUGGCCGACCAGACCAUUCGAGAAGCAUACAUUCCAGUGGUUCAGACAGGCAAGCCAACACGAUAUCUCUGUUUCCGGAACCUGCAAGGCCACGAUUAUCAAAGGCUCGAGCACAAACAAAAGCGCACGGCGGUGUCACUGGAACUGCCCCGAACCAGAAAGGUGGAACUUGCCCUCAAAAUCACGGAAAGCGCGCUUCUGUGGCGGCACUACGGGUUUGAAGCUGAUGUAUGUUCAUGCAGACUGCAAUUGAUCAUGAUGACGAAAAAUGAUCCUCCCCGAAAGCAGUCGUGUUUUGGAUUUGAGUUUGCGACAAUACCAACGAUGGACCAUUGUGUCAAAGUGUGGCAUAAAGAAUUGAUUCGGAGGGGUUUCCACAGUAUUGGUGUCUUACUCGCAGAAUUAUUCUCGAGCGAGAACAAUGCCUCACUGAAGAGCCUCGGUGAGGUCUCGGAUGAUGAAAUAAGCGAAGGAGAAGAGUUUAAUAUGCUCGCGAAAGUUGCCAUCGAUCUCGGGAAGGUGGCUUGGAUUACUCAAACGUAG